GCACGUAGUUGACGCACCGAGUAUAAAAUCCGGUUUUCUGACGUCAGCGGCCUCUUCCCUGCCUAUGCCCUCGUGAGGUGGGCAGUGUAAAAUUUCUUGUCUCUUUCUCCAUCAAGAGAAUCCAAUACCAUCUGUCAAAAUGGUGAACUUCACCGUAGACCAGAUCCGUGCCAUCAUGGACAAAAAGGCCAACAUCCGUAACAUGUCCGUGAUUGCACAUGUGGACCAUGGAAAGUCAACCCUGACAGAUUCACUGGUGUCCAAGGCCGGCAUCAUUGCUUCAGCUCGUGCUGGCGAGACUCGCUUUACGGACACAAGGAAAGAUGAACAGGAGCGCUGCAUUACCAUCAAGUCUACAGCCAUCUCCAUGUACUACGAACUGAGUGAAAACGACUUGGCCUUCAUCAAGCAGAGCAAGGAUGGCUCAGGUUUCCUGAUUAACCUGAUUGACUCACCAGGGCACGUGGACUUCUCCUCUGAGGUCACUGCGGCUCUCCGUGUCACUGAUGGAGCUCUUGUUGUGGUCGACUGUGUGUCUGGUGUCUGUGUGCAGACCGAAACUGUGCUGCGUCAGGCUAUCUGUGAGCGCAUUAAGCCAGUCCUGAUGAUGAACAAGAUGGACCGUGCCUUGUUGGAGUUGCAGCUGGAGCCUGAGGACCUUUACCAGACGUUCCAGCGUAUUGUAGAGUCCGUGAACGUAAUCAUCUCCACCUACGGAGAGGAUGAGAACGGACCAAUGGGUAAUAUCAUGGUUGAUCCAGUUAUCGGUACUGUUGGCUUUGGGUCUGGACUCCAUGGUUGGGCUUUCACUCUGAAGCAGUUUGCUGAGAUGUACGCGGCCAAGUUCGCUGCCAAGGGGAACACCCAGAUGACACCAGUUGAGCGCUGCAAAAAGGUGGAAGACAUGAUGAAGAAACUGUGGGGAGAUAGGUACUAUGACACCGAAAAUGGAAAGUUUGUGAAGAGUGCCAUUGGUGCUGAUGGCAAGAAGUACUCUCGCACCUUCUGUGCUCUUAUCCUGGAUCCAAUCUUCAAGGUGUUUGAUGCCAUCAUGAACUUCAAGAAAGAGGAGACCGCCAAGCUCAUCCAGAAGUUGGAUAUCAAGCUGGAUGCUGAUGACAAGACUAAGGAGGGUAAACCUCUCCUGAAGGCUGUGAUGCGUCGUUGGCUGCCUGCUGGAGAAGCCCUCCUCCAGAUGAUCACCAUUCACCUCCCCUCCCCUGUCACCGCCCAGAAGUAUCGUUGUGAGCUGCUCUAUGAAGGGCCUGGUGAUGAUGAAGCUGCCAUGGGUAUCAAGAAUUGUGACCCUAAGGCCCCUCUCAUGAUGUACAUCUCCAAGAUGGUCCCCACCAGUGACAAGGGUCGCUUUUAUGCAUUUGGUCGUGUGUUCUCUGGGUCCGUGUCCACUGGUCUCAAGGUGCGAAUUAUGGGGCCAAACUUUGUUCCUGGAAAGAAGGAAGAUCUUUACCUGAAGCCCAUUCAGAGGACCAUUUUGAUGAUGGGUCGUUAUGUUGAGCCCAUUGAGGAUGUACCGUGUGGCAACAUUGUGGGCUUGGUCGGAGUGGACCAGUACCUUGUCAAGACCGGAACAAUCACUACCUUUGAGCAGGCACACAACAUGAGGGUGAUGAAGUUCAGUGUCAGCCCUGUGGUGAGGGUUGCUGUGGAGGCAAAGAAUCCAGCUGACCUGCCCAAACUGGUUGAGGGACUGAAACGUCUCUCAAAGUCUGAUCCUAUGGUGCAGUGCAUCAUUGAGGAGUCUGGAGAGCACAUCGUUGCUGGAGCUGGAGAGCUGCAUCUGGAGAUCUGUCUGAAGGAUUUGGAGGAGGAUCAUGCAUGCAUUCCAAUAAAGAAAUCUGAUCCAGUGGUGUCCUACAGAGAAACCGUCAGUGCAGAAUCCAGCCUAAUGUGUCUGUCAAAGUCGCCCAACAAACACAAUCGGCUGUUUAUGAAGGCCCGUCCCUUUGAAGAGGGCCUGGCUGAAGACAUGGAGAAGGGUGAAGUUACCCAUCGUCAGGAGAUGAAGGCCCGUGCCCGUUACCUUGCUGAUAAGUACGAGUGGGAUGUCGGUGAGGCCAGAAAGAUCUGGUGCUUUGGCCCUGAUGGAAACGGCCCCAACCUGCUGGUGGAUGUUACCAAGGGAGUCCAGUACCUCAAUGAAAUCAAGGAUAGCGUUGUGGCUGGUUUCCAGUGGGCAGCCAAGGAGGGAGUACUCUGUGAAGAGAACAUGCGUGCCAUUCGCUUUGACAUCCAUGAUGUGACCCUGCAUACCGAUGCUAUUCACCGGGGUGGUGGUCAGAUUAUCCCCACAGCCCGCAGAGUUCUUUACGCUUGCCAGCUGACAGCAGAGCCAAGAAUCAUGGAGCCAGUGUAUUUGGUGGAAAUCCAGUGCCCUGAAACCGCUAUGGGUGGAAUCUACGGUGUGUUGACCAGGAGGCGUGGUCAUGUGUUUGAGGAGUCCAGGGUCAUGGGAACACCUAUGUAUGUCAUUAAGGCAUACUUGCCUGUCAUGGAGUCGUUUGGCUUCACAGCUGACCUUCGCUCCAACACCGGUGGCCAGGCUUUCCCACAGUGUGUGUUUGACCAUUGGCAGAUUCUCAGUGGAAACCCACUGGAAGCUACCAGUAGGCCAGGUGUAGUUGUCAUGGAGACACGCAAACGUAAAGGCCUCAAAGAAGGUGUCCCAGCCUUGGACAACUACCUGGACAAAUUGUAGAAGCCUGGACCCAAUUUGGCUCUUGUCUCAUUCCUUUCUGCCCACCAAAUUUAACUCUUCUGGGACCGGACUGUACAGAACACAAUGAUUGCCUAUGUUUGCCAAAAGGAUCGACUAUAAUAAAGAAAUGACUACAAAAAUUGUAAACAAUAAAUAAAAGAAAAUAAAAACUU